CUAACAUACAUACAUAAAUACACUUAAAAUCUAAAAUCUAUAAAAAUAUGAGAAUUUAAAAAUUCAAAAUUAUAAUUUAAACCCAAAUUCAACAAACUACAGGCCUGUUGUCAUCGUUGGAUUAUGUUUGAAAUCCCAUGGACCGACGACCUACCACACUAUUUUAAAACACAUGCUGCAGACAGCACAAACAACGUUGAACAAAUGGGAAAUGUUGAAGGAAGUUGAGCUGCAGCAGCGAUUGGAGCAACUCAAAGUAUUGAAGGGGGUCCCGGCAACCAACAGCAGUCGUCAUCAGUUUGUUUGAAAUUCAGUCACAAAAGCAAAUAAAUAAAUAAUUUUUUUUUUGUUAUUUGGUUGGACUUGUCAACACAAAGAAAUUUAUCAAAUCGAAAAAAAUAAUACUACAAACAACCAUUUUCUUGAUAAUUUAUUAUAAAAAAAAACAAUCUGAAAAAAAUUGAGAUUUCUAUGCUAAAAUGAACUAAAUAUUUAAAACGCAUUUUAUGAUAUCACAAGUGAAAAGUUUUGAAAUUUUCUUAUGAACCCAAUAAAUUGUAAUAAAAAAAAAGAUUGUGAAAAAAUUACAUUACAAAACAGUGUGCCUAGAAUUUUAUGACUCAAAUAAUCAACCAUUUUUUUACCAUUGAUUAAAAAACAAUUGCUGAAAUAAACUAGAUUUUGUGAAAAUAAAAUAAUAAUAAAAUUAACCACUAAAUAAUAUUAUGGUUUUAAAAUUUUCAAAUUUUUUUAAAGCCAAAAAACAUUACUUAAAGACUACAAUUUCAACACCAAUCGAUAAAAUCAUAAGAAUAAAACAAGACUUCAAUAACUAACUUUUUUUACUCAAUCUCUAAUAGCAAUCACUUUAAACUUCUAACUGUUAAAAAGAGUGACAUAAAAAGUACAAAGAAGUUACUUUUUUAUGGGAUUUUUUAUCAAUUUACAAAAGUCCUUAAUAAAAUCUACAAUAAAAUUAACAACAUCUACUUCAUUUUAUUUGGCCUACAGCAAAUCUGCGACAAUAAUAAAACAACUAAAAUCUCCGAAUAAAAAUCCACAAAAAUUUAUCAUAAUCUGCAGCAAUAAUGUUGGCCGGCAUCAGGAAACGUUUGGCACGCAAACAACUUGAUAUUAAAGAAUGUGAAGAUGAUGAUAAGGAUGAUUUGCAUGCGAACGCAUUUGUGCCACCCACCAAUUAUAUAAAAAUUUCUCAAGGAAAAAUACAAUUAGUACAUCAGCCGCCAACGCCAGUAUCGACGCCUUCUACACUGCUACCGCCGCCACCAUCAUCACCACCACCACCCUUUAGCAGUCAGCAUAUAUGCAAUGGUUUGGAAUCACCCAAUGAUAAGGAUAAACUUGAGCAUCGGAUUGUAGAACUUGAAGCGGCUCUACUAAGAUUGCAGGAAAAAGUUAAUAAUAGCCAAUGCGGGUCACCAACAUUUGAAAAAGAACUGCGUCAGCAAUUGGAAAAGUAAGUGGUUUAU